AAAUGAUGCUUCGUAGACGAUUAUUUUUACUCUCCUAAAUAUUUCAAUUCUUUGUUAAAGCAACUCAUUAGUUGCUAGAUCCAUGUAAUAAUUGGAUCGAAAAAGUUUUGAAGUAUUCUUUUUUAUCGAAGUUGCAUCGAACAAAUAAUUAAAAAGAACCACGAGGAAUAUUCCUAAGGAUGGACUCACGAGAUUGGGAUGAGCUGAAUGAUGAGACAUUUGCGUCAGACGUUUCAGAUGAAGGCGAUGACGGAAUAUCGGGAUGGGAAAGUGGUCAUUACGAUUUCGUUUCCCAGCAACGAGCAAAUAGAGCCCAUCCUGCUCAAGCACAAAGAACCAAGCAAAGUGCUUACGAGGAACCAAGAAAUGAUUUUCUGGAAGUAGCUGCUUCAAGUUUGUUUCCUGGCGGCAAUGUCAAUUUUGCGAAUGUUUUUCCCCAAUCAACUCCUCAAAGGAUCCCACAAAGUAGCGGAUCGUCUUCACGCUCUAAUAAUGACCCCAGUCAGUUAUUUCCACCAGCUCCUGAAAUUCUAAGUGGACCCAAUGCGAAUCAGCAAUUCCAGAUUGAUGACGAGAGACACUACUUUGACCAAAAAUUUGCAAAAAGUUUCGAAGAAAUUUUUCUCGAAGACAAGGAAGAUUUGUCUGAUGAUUGCGAUGAUGGAAUAACUAUUCUGAACGCCUCUGACUCAAAUGGUGGGCAAAGAAGAAAGAAAAAUGAUUCCGUAAGUGAGUUGUUUCCUGACAACUUCAAGUUCUCACCGCCGUUGCCGCCUUUGAAUUUGGCCGAGUUUGGAGUGCCAGAUACCUCUGGAAAUAUUUGGAAUCCAGAGCAGAAAGAAAACGAUACCGAUUACAUUAAUAAUCACAUUAAAGCACUCCUAAAUAUUAAACCAGAACUAAAUCAAGGAACUCAAAAUAGCAAGAGCUCUGAAAAACGUAAUGCGUCCGAAGUGUCGAAACAGGUGUUUACUCUGGAAGAGUUGGAAGGCGAGGUCGUCCAAACAUCAAACGACGUCCGCGCGCCUCCGCCGACUAGCAAGGAAAACCAGUCACAGCCGAGGAUGAUGCCAAUCGGAACACCUCCAAGCGAUACUAGCCAAGUUCCGCCAUUGAGCUUCGCACAGUUCCAGCAAAUGGUUCAGCAAGGUGGUAUGCGGCAUCUACGAGACAACCCACAUGUGGCCGCCGCUGCAUUGAGUUUCCAAAAUCAGAUGACAAUGGCUGCCAAAAUAGGUAUAAAUAAUCCAGAAAUGUUGGCAGCUUUCUUCAACAGAAACAACCAGCACGCGCCUCCUGGCUUUAUGGGGCCUUCUCCGCCCGCACCUGGCCACGGAGGACAUUUUCCAAACAACCAGUCUCAGCAACACAUAAGCAGACAAAACCAACAGCAAAUGCGAAUGCCCAUGCAGCAACAGAUGAGGAACUCUGUUGGUGUACCCUUUCCUCAUCCCAUUCCCCAGGGUGGCAGACAGCAAAACAGGGGAAACAUGCAGCAAGGGAGAAACUACAACAAUCAGAGGAGCUUCCAGCACCGAAACCAGAACAGAGAACGAGAAAAGAUAGUUAAGGGGUUGAUGACCGAAAAGGAGGUGGAGUGGAUAUUCAAAGUGCAGCUGAUGCAGUUGAAAAUGCAGGACGUGUCUGCCGAGGACUUCUAUUAUCAGCAAUGGAAACGGAAGAGAAGCAAUAAAACCAACCACGCGGACACAGAAGAAACCGGACGGAGUACAUCCAAGUCAUCAAAAGGGAGUAAAAGUAGAGAAAGAGCAAAAAAUGAGGAAGCAAAGGAUAAUCGAGGUCAAUCAAGUGAGCGCUUAGGUCCACAAGGCUUAAGCAAAGAUCCCAUGAGCUCAUCUAACUCUGCGUCUACAGAUCAGAAGAUUUCCCCGUCUAGUUCGAAGGCCUCGGGAUCUACGCCCGCUAAUCGAAGCCCUCCGUUAGGAAAUCCAGACAGAUCAGCACAGGCUGCUGAGAACUCCGCUAACAAAUCAUACGAACCGACGCGAUUUGAAAACACGCUUGGAAAGAUAUCGGUCGGUUCCAUUUUCCAGCCGAGAAAACUAAUAGAUCUCGAUUACGUUACACGAGAUAGAGCGGUCACGCUAGAUGUGAUGAAAAAUAGCUCAACUUCUUUAAGGGAAACACGCAGAUACAGAGAGCAUCUACUAUACGUCGAAAAGUGUCUGACCAUUUUCGACGACUUGCGAAAACGAAGGUUUCAAACUCUCAACGAAGAUCUGGGUCCAGAAGUCAAAGAAAUGUAUGAAAUACAUGAGCAAACGCAAAUGGAGUUCAUUUUGAAGCACUUCGAUUUUAAUAAUCUGGAUGAGAUUGUGAAAAAUAUGCUACUGUGUGGAAAUAAAGGGUGUCGCUUUCUUGGCGAGUUGUUAACCCGAAUCUCGAAAGACCGUCAGAUUCUGCUGAUGCUAUCAGUAUGCUCUAACUUGUACACGCUCAUCAAAAAAGAGUCGAAUUCAGUUGGCGGGGAUUACAGGAAAAUUGGAGCAAGGGAUACGAUGUACGCAAUUCAGCUGUGUAAGAGCUUCAAAGGGGCAAUCUCUGAUCUGGAGUCGAACAUAGAUAAGCUGGAAAUGCUCGAGAUUAUGGUGUCUACUGCCAAUUGGAGAAUAUCCAGGUUUACCCUGACUCUGUUUUUAGUGCUCUGUACAUCAGUUGCGGCAGAUAGGAGCUCGGAUAAGUUUUGUUUUGACCGACUGGUCGAAAUCUUGACUGGAAUCGAAGAAAGUCUCGGAACCACCUCUAAAUCUGGAACUGCGAAAGAUCUGAGCUCCAAUGUUGAUCUGGAUAAAUAUGUGACAAGAGAGGCCUCCACUGCUCAGAUGACGAGGAAAGCGCCCUUCUAUCAGUUUGUGGACCUCAACGCAGUCCGAAAGAUGAUCAAAAAUAUAGAACUCGAGAACAGUAGUCAGUCAAAGUUUCCCCUCCUCUCUCAAUUUCUAAUGCAAGAGAACUGUUAGAUGAGUUAAAUAAAAUGGCGUAAUUGAGAUUGAAAAGGAAAAUACAUUUAAAGUUAGUAUUAUCUCAGACUAUAGAAGCACUCGGUAAAUGACCUCAAAAUAAUCAUUAUCAGAUAAUCGGGAACGAGAUUUUUUCUACAACUUGGCUUCUCCUUUCGCUGAAACAUGGGUGUGUGGUAUUGGGUUGAGACAAGAAUUGAGCGACAAUAAAGCGAUUACAAUUCA